AUCUAAAAAGGCUUUUCAUCCCUACCAAGCUAUCACACUAUUCUCUCCAAAUUUAAUCCACCAUGGGCGACAGUGGUGGGUUCGGAUCCGGUUUCGAAGUCGUCACCGCGAGAAAUCAAGAAGAACGCAGCAGCGGCCUUGGAAAAGGGUCUCCGCCGCCCUCACAUCUGACGAAGAUAUUAUACAUACCCCAUCAUGAAGAGGGUACCUCGCACGUUUCGGUCGCUGAAGUUACUGCCCAGUACAAAGAGAGUGUCAAGGAACGUGGGAUGGGAUCGGCAUCGUACGUCGUGGCGCUUGGACGGAUGCCUAAACCUCAAGCGGGUGGGACUGAACCAGCGACCGAGGAGAAUGAAGUUCUCUAUAAUGUCGACUUCAAGGAUGCGGCUUUGCACUUGAAAUCCGUCGCAUCAUCUUCAUCUGCCGGGUCGCUCGUGGAGGCAAAUGUGACCAUGGAAUCUGCAGAAAAUAAAGCUGCUCUCAUCAGGUUGAAGUCCCAAGAGAAAGAUUCCGUUGAGAGACCUGAAGACACGGCGAUAUCAAUGUCGAUAUCCUACCCAAUCCCACCAAUCUCGAUCAGGAAGAGGGUCUACGUGUACCCCUAUUUUGCCUUCCAGAUUCCCGGGGAAGAUAAAACGUACCUUGAAUGGCAGAUUCACCCUGUCUCGCAAGGACGCUUGCGAUAUACUCUCGUCCGCGUCCCCCAGAAACAUGAGACCGUUGAGGGUGCCGCUCCUAGCAUCCCCUUGGACAAAGAUUUCUUGGCUGUCUAUCACCAUGUCGGGGACACAGUCUCGCUUCCACUACCAACCAGCGAGGGUGUUCUACUUAUCUCUCCUGAUAUGAACCCCGAAACUGAGGCUAUUGUGGUUGCGAGCGUGCUUGGUUUGCUCUGGCAGUUGCGACAGAUAAGCACAACUGGAAUACAACCCGGAGCUGACCGCAAGGUUUCUAAAUUUAUCAAGCGCUUGCUUCACAAGAAGUAGGCUUUUAAGGGUUCAGGGUCAGGCAAUGGAGGGAAGACUUUGUUGUGGAGAAUAAAGUCCAGAGAGAAACGAAGAUGUCUUUGAAAACUUAACGAGAAAUGCAGCGG